AUGUUGUCAUCCUCCUUGUCCAAUGAUAAUGAAAAUAAUAGGAGAAAUUAUGUGAGCAAAAGUAACAAGAAUGGAUUGGUUUUUGAAUGCUCGGAAUUAAAAGAGGAAUUGAAGAGACUUUCCAUCAUGAAUAGAAAUAAUAUCUAUAGUAAUGUUUGGAUGAGAAAUAUUGGAUUUAGUAAACAACAACAAGUUAGAAAUUAUUCUGUCCUUCCAACCAAUGCUAAAAAGAUCAAGGAACAUAACAAAUCUGCUUUGGAUUUAUCGGGAUUCACUCCUGAAUAUAUUCGUAAUUUUUGUAUCAUUGCACACAUUGACCACGGAAAAAGUACAUUGGCUGAUUAUUUACUGAAGGAAACUAAUACAAUUACUGCUGAACUUUUGAAGGAUAAUGCACAAUUUCUCGAUAGAUUACAAGUUGAGAGAGAAAGAGGUAUUACUGUGAAGGCACAAUCAUGUGCAAUGUUUUACGAAUAUAAUGGAAAGAAAUAUUUAUUAAAUUUGAUUGAUACACCAGGACACGUUGACUUUAGUUAUGAAGUCAGUAGAAGUAUGGGUGCUUGUGAUGGUGCUUUAUUACUUGUUGACUCUGGACAAGGCGUCCAAGCUCAAACAUUGGCCAAUUAUUUCUUGGCAUUGGAAGAAAAUCUUGAAAUUAUUCCAAUUAUGACUAAGAUUGACCAACAAACAGCUCAACCUGAGCUUGUAGAAGAAGAUAUGACUGGAAUUUUGGGCGUAGAAAAAGAUGAAAUUAUCAAAGUGAGUGCUAAAACUGGUUUGAAUUGUCAAAAGAUUAUUCCUGCAGUUAUUGAGAAAAUUCCAGCACCUGAACCACCAAAAGUUAGUGAAGGAGAAACUCCUGGGGCCUUAAAAUCUUUGAUUUUCGAUUCAUGGUAUGAUGAAUAUUUUGGAGUUGUUUCACUUGUUUAUAUUGCCCAAGGUUCUGUUGAGGUUGGUGAUUUCAUUUACUCACAUGCAAAUGUUAAAAACUCUGCAAAACCAACCAAAUAUCAAGUUACCAAGUUGGGUAUCAUGAAUCCUGACCAAGUUCCAACUGAUAAAUUAUAUCAAGGUCAAGUUGGUUAUCUCAUUUGUGGAAUGAAGAGUACAAAGGAAGCCCAGAUUGGUGACACCCUCUAUAUUUGGGAUUCAAAGAUUGAACCAUUACCUGGUUUUAAGCAAGCCAAACCUAUGGUUUAUGCUGGUAUUUAUCCUCUGAAUACUGCUGAAUUUGAUAAGUUGAGAGAUGUCAUUGACAAGUUACUCUUGACAGACAGAAGCGUCACUAUUGAAAAAGAAACUAGUGCUGCUCUAGGAACUGGAUUCAGAUGUGGAUUCUUGGGAUUGCUUCACAUGGACGUAUUUAAGCAAAGAUUAGCCCAAGAAUUUACCAUUGAAACAAUUAUCACUGCUCCAACAGUUACUUACAAGAUUGUAACAAAGAAUACUGGAAAGAAGACAUCUUUUAAUACUGUAGAAGAUGAAAUCAUUGAAUAUAUCGAUAACCCUAAUGAUUUCCCAGAAAAUCCAGAAGCUGAAGUUUAUGAACCUAUGGCUAACUGUACAAUUAUGACUCCAAGAGAGUUUGUUGGUGAUAUUAUUACCUUGUGUCAGGAAAGAAGAGGUGUCCAAAUUCAUAUGGAAUACUUCUCUGCUGAAAGAGUUUCCAUGCAAUACAAGAUUCCACUCAACGAAAUGAUUUAUGACUUUUUUGACAAAUUGAAAUCCAUGACCAAGGGUUAUGCCACCUUAGAUUACGAGGAAGCUGGAUUUGAAAGAUCUGACGUUGUAAAAUUGACUGUCAUGCUCAAUAAGGAUCCUGUUGAUGCCUUGUCGUACAUUGUACACGAAAGUAAGGCAUACUUUAAAGCAAGAGAUGUUGUCCAACGAUUGAAGAAGCUCAUUUCCAGACAACUCUUCGAAGUUAACAUUCAAUGUGCUGUAGGAUUGAAGAUUAUUGCUAGUGAAAAGUUGAAAGCUUUCAGAAAGAACGUCACAGCCAAGUGUUAUGGUGGUGAUAUUACCAGAAAACGUAAAUUGUUAGAAAAGCAAAAGGAAGGUAAGAAGAAGAUGAAACAACUCGGUUCUGUUUCAGUACCUCAAGAUGCCUUCACAGUACUGUUCUCUGAAGGUGAAAUUGAAGAUGCAGAUCUCUCGGAUUAA